AUGAUGUCAAAAAGAAGUGUACCUGCCAGGUACUGUUGUCUCAACACCUAUGAAGCCGUAUUUGCAGCUCUCUUUGUCAUGAUGGUGGUGGUUUGUGCUGGAUUAAUUGCGGUGUCCUGUCUGGCAAUCAAGGAGUCACAAAAAGAUGCAGAAUUUGGAAAAAGUCAUGAAGCCAGAGGAACAUUUAAAAUAACAUCGGGAGCUAUUAAUCCUAAUUUGCAAGAUAAACUCUCAGUGGAGUUCAAAGUGCUUGCAUUUGACCUUCAGCAAAUGUUGGAUGAGAUCUUUCAAUCAAGUAAUCUGAAGAAUAUAUAUAAACACUCAAGAGUUUUACAAUUUACAAAAGGCAGCGUUAUAGCUAUAUUUGACCUAUUCUUUGCCCAGUGGGUAUCAGAUGAAAAUGUAAAAGAAGAACUGAUACACGGCAUUGAAGCAAAUAAAUCCAGUCAACUGGCCACUUUCCAUAUUGAUUUGAACAGCGUUCAUAUCACAGAAAAUGUCUCAGUAGAAUGUUCACCUCAUUUAAGACUUUGUGCUGAUGGGCUAACUUGUGUAAGACGCAAUUUGUUCUGUGAUGGAGAAGUCAACUGUCCUGAUGGUUCAGACGAAGACAGUAAAGUAUGUGCAACAGUUUGUGAUGGAAAAUUUUUGUUGACUGGAUCUUCUGGGUCCUUCCAGGCUACUCAUCAUCCAAAGCCUUCUGAAUCAAGUGUUGUCUGUCAGUGGAUUAUACGUGUAAACCAAGGACUUUCCAUUAAACUGAGCUUUGAUUCUUUUAAUACAUCUUCCUAUGAUGUAUUAGAUAUUUAUGAAGGUGUGGGCACAAACAAGGUUUUAAGAGCUUCUCUUUUUCAAACUAGUCCUGGCACAAUUCGAAUUUUUUCCAACCAAGUUACUGCCACCUUUCUUAUAAUAUCUGAUAAAAAUGAUUAUGUUGGGUUUAUUGCAACAUAUACUGCAUUUGACAGCAGAGAGAUUAAUAAUUAUGAGAAAAUUAAUUGUAAUUUUGAAGAUGGCUUUUGUUUUUGGAUCCAGGAUUUAAAUGAUGAUAAUGAAUGGGAACGAUUUCGGGGAAAAGCCCUUCCUCCUCUUAGUGGACCAGAUUUUGACCACACUUUUGGGAAUAGUUCAGGAUAUUAUAUUUCCACCCCAUUUGGACCAGGGAGAAAAGAAAGAGUCAGCCUUUUAAGUCUUCCUUUAACCAGUUUGGAACCAGUGUGCCUUAGUUUCUGGUAUUAUAUGUGUGGUGAAAAUGUCUAUAAAUUAAGUGUUAAUAUCAGCAAUGGCCAAAACAUGGAGAAGACAAUUUUCCAAAAGGAAGGAAAUUAUGGACAAAAUUGGAAUUAUGGACAAGUAACAUUAAAUGAAACGAUGGAAUUUAAGGUUGCUUUUAAUGCUUAUAAAAAUGAAUUAUGGAGGGACAUAGGACUGGAUGACAUUAGCUUAACACGUGGGAUUUGCAAUGAAAAUCUGUAUCCAGAACCAACUUUGGUUCCAACUACUCCACCAGAACUUCCUACAAACUGUGGAGGGCCUUUUGAACUGUGGGAACCAAAUUCAACAUUCACAUCUAUGAACUUUCCUAACAGCUACCCAAAUAAGGCUUUCUGUAUUUGGAAUUUAAAUGCACAGAAGGGAAAAAAUAUCCAACUUCAUUUUCAAGAAUUUGAUUUAGAAAAUAUUAAUGAUGUAGUUGAAAUCAGAGAUGGUGAAGGUGAUUCCCUGCUCUUAGCUGUGUACACAGGGUCUGGUCCAGUAAAGGACGUAUUCUCAACCACCAACAGAAUGUCUGUGAUAUUCAUCUCCAGUGAUAAUGGGGCAAAAGGGGGAUUUAAAGCAAACUUCACUACUGGCUACUACUUAGGGAUUCCAGAACCCUGCAAGGAACAUCAUUUUCAAUGUAAGAAUGGAGACUGCAUUCCAAUGGCGAAUCUCUGUGACAGUUUUCCACACUGUCAGGAUGGCUCAGAUGAAAAGCAUUGUGUGCGUCUUUUCAAUUCAACGAUGAAGAACAAUGGUUUGGUGCAGUUCAGAAUUCAGAGUGUGUGGCAUGUGGCUUGUGCUGAGAACUGGAACCCCCAGAUUUCAAAUGAUGUUUGCCAACUGCUGGGACUAGGGAGUGAAAACUCAUCAUUGUCAGUUUCCUCUGCUGGAAAUGGGCCAUUUGUAACAUUAAGCACAGCACCAAAUGGCAGCUUAAUACUAACACCAAGUCAACAGUGCUCACAGGAUUCACUGAUUAUGUUACAAUGUAACCAUAAAUCCUGUGGGAAAAAAAUGGCAGUUCAAGAAGUCAACCCAAAGAUUGUUGGAGGAAGUCAUGCCAAAGAAGGAGCCUGGCCCUGGGUCGUCAGUCUAUAUUUUGACAACAGGCUGUUGUGUGGUGCUUCUCUGGUCAGCCCUGACUGGCUGGUGUCUGCGGCUCACUGCGUGUAUGGGCGCAAUGAACCACCAACUCAGUGGAAAGCAAUUCUGGGCCUGCAUAUGGCAUCAAACCUGAGUUCUCCUCAUAUCGAAACACGGUUGAUAGACCAAAUUAUCAUAAAUCCACAUUAUAAUAAAAGGGUUAAGGACAGUGACAUCGCCAUGAUGCACCUCGAAUUUAAAGUGAAUUACACAGAUUAUAUACAACCUAUUUGCUUACCAAGAGAAAAUCAAGUUUUUCCUGCAGGAAAAAAGUGUUCUAUUGCUGGCUGGGGUAGACUUUCUUCUCAAGCUCCUCCUGCAGACGUAUUGCAAGAAGCUGAAGUUCCUCUUAUAUCAAAUGAGAAAUGCCAACAACAGAUGCGAUAUAACAUUACAGAAAACAUGGUCUGUGCAGGCUAUGAAAGAGGAGGAAUUGAUACCUGUCAGGGAGAUUCAGGAGGACCAUUAAUGUGCCAAGAGGAUGACAGGUGGUUCCUGGCAGGUGUGACAUCCUUUGGAAAAGGGUGUGCGCUACCCAAACGCCCAGGGGUCUAUGUCCGUGUCCCAAGAUUCGUGGAAUGGAUACAGAGUUUUCUGCAUUAG